AUCUUGUCCUCAUUUCGUCAGGCACCAUGAAAGGAGCAGUCCCUGGCGAGACGGGGGAUGGGGAUGUGGCUGAUGGAGAGAUGGCGGAGGAGCCCCGGGAGACCGACCUGCUGCGGGGGGCGGCGGGGCAGGCGUGCGGCAGGGUGCGGGGCUGGGCGCUCACCUGCCGCCAGCUCCGCGCUCUCUUCACCAAGAGGAUGCUCCACGCCCGGCGCAGCACCCGCGGCUUCUUCGCGCAGAUCGUCCUCCCCGCCGUCUUCGUCUGCAUCGCGCUGCUCUUCAGCCUCAUCGUGCCGCCCUUCGGGAAGUACCCGCCGCUGCAGCUCCAGCCCUGGAUGUACGGGCAGCAGUUCACCUUCUUCAGCAACGACGCCCCGGGAGACCCCGACACAGCCCGGCUGCUGGAGGCGCUCCUGGCUGAGCCCGGCUUCGGCACCAAGUGCAUGAAGGAGGAGGGGAAGGCGGCAGGGCUGUGCCCACCAGCUUCCCACCCCGAUGGCUUCUCGGCCCCCCCAGUCCCCCCAUCCCUGCUGGAAGCGCUGCGGCGUGGCAACUGGACGCGGGCCAAGCCAUCCCCCUCCUGUCAGUGCAGCGGGCCGGGGGCACACCGCAUGCUGCCUGAGUGUCCUGAGGGGGCCGGGGGGCUCCCACCACCCCAGGUGCAGAGGGGCACGGGGGACAUCCUGCAGAACCUGACGGGCAGGAACAUCUCUGACUACCUGGUGAAGACCUAUCCCCAGAUCAUCCGUCAGGAGCUGAGGAACAAGAAGUGGGUGAAUGAGCAGAGGUACGGCGGCUUCUCCCUGGGUGCUGGCAGCUCCCAGGCCCUGCCGUCGGCAGCAGAGGUGGAUCAGGCGGUGCUGGAGCUCCGAGUGCUGCUCAACAUCACCCUGGGCAGCCCCUCGGAUCGGCUCCUGGCCAACCUCAGCCGCUUCGUCGAGGGCUUGGAUGCCCGCAGGAAUAUCAAGGUCUGGUUCAACAACAAGGGCUGGCACGCCAUGGUUUCCUUCCUCAACGUGGCCAGCAACGGGCUGCUGCGAGCCCGGCUGCCCCCCGGCACCGACCCCACGCGCUUCGGCAUCACGGCCACCAACCACCCCCUGAACCUCACCAAGGAGCAGCUCUCCGAGGCCGCCCUGAUGGCCACCUCUGUGGACGUGCUGGUCUCCAUCUGCGUGAUCUUCGCCAUGUCCUUCGUCCCGGCCAGUUUCGUCGUCUUCCUCAUUGAGGAGCGGGUCAGCAAGGCCAAGCACCUUCAGUUUGUCAGCGGGAUGAAGCCCAUCACCUACUGGCUGGGCAACUUCGCCUGGGACAUGUGCAACUACCUGGUCCCCGCGCUGCUGGUCAUCCUCAUCUUCCUCUGCUUCCAGCAGGAAUCCUACGUGUCCUCGGCCAACCUGCCCUCCCUGGUGCUGCUGCUGCUGCUCUACGGGUGGUCCAUCACCCCCCUGAUGUAUCCAGCCUCCUUCCUCUUCAGCAUCCCCAGCACCGCCUACGUGGCCCUGACCUGCAUCAACCUCUUCAUCGGCAUCAACGGCAGCGUGGCCACCUUUGUGCUGGAGCUCUUCGUGGACCAGAACCUCAACGACAUCAACCGCAUCCUGAAGAAGGUUUUCCUCAUCUUCCCCCACUUCUGCUUGGGCCGAGGCCUCAUUGACAUGGUGAAGAACCAGGCAAUGGCUGAUGCCUUUGAGAGGUUCGGGGACAAGCGCUUUGUGUCCCCCCUCUCCUGGGACCUGGCGGGGAAGAACAUGUUUGCCAUGGCCAUCGAGGGCAUCGUCUUCUUCCUCUUCACCCUCCUGCUGCAGUACCACCGCUUCUUCCUGCGCCUGGGCCCACGGGCUCUGGAGCUGCCCUCGCUGGGAGAUGAGGACAGGGACGUGGCCAGGGAGCGGGCGAGGGUGGGCAGCAUCCCCCCACACGGCCACCUCCUGCUUCUGAAGGACCUGACCAAGGUGUACCGGCGCAGGAAGGCUCCGGCCGUGGACCGGCUCUGCGUGGCCAUCCCCCCCGGAGAGUGCUUUGGUCUCCUGGGGGUGAACGGUGCUGGGAAAACAUCCACCUUCAAGAUGCUGACAGGGGACACAGAGGUGACGCUGGGGGAGGCCUGGCUGAAGGGGCACAGCGUGCUCACCGACCUCCAGUCUGUCCACCAGCACAUGGGUUACUGUCCCCAGUUUGACGCCAUCACGGACCUGCUGACAGGGCGGGAGCACCUGGAGUUCUACAGCCGCCUGCGUGGGAUCCCAGAGCAGGAGACCCCCAGGGUGGCUCAGUGGGGCAUCACCGCUCUGGGGCUGGGCCCGCACGCGGACCGGCCGGCGGGCAAGUACAGCGGGGGCAACAAACGCAAGCUCUCCACGGCCAUCGCCCUCCUCGGCUGCCCCCCCGUUGUUUUCCUGGAUGAGCCCACAACGGGGAUGGACCCACAAGCCCGGAGGUUCCUGUGGGAGCGCAUCCUUGGCGUUAUCCGGGACGGCCGGUCCGUGGUGCUCACGUCCCACAGCAUGGAGGAGUGUGAGGCGCUCUGCACCAGGAUGGCCAUCAUGGUCAACGGCCGCUUCCGCUGCCUGGGCAGCGUCCAGCACCUCAAGAACAGGUUUGGGGACGGGUACACGGUGGUGGUGCGGGCGGGGGGCCCUGGCCCAGCGGCGGUGCAGACCCUGCUGCAGCAGCACUUCCCCGGCAUCGUGCUGCGGGAGCAGCACGGGGGGCUGCUGCAGUACCACCUGCCUGCCCGCGCCACCUCCCUGGCCACCGUCUUCAGCCUUCUGGCCGCCCACCGUGGCCCCUGCCACAUAGAGGACUACUCCGUGUCCCAGACCACACUGGACCAGGUCUUCAUGCACUUUGCCCAGGAGCAGAGCGAUGGGGACGCUGGGGAGGUCACAGCCCCGGGGCAGGAUGUGGCGCCCAGCCCCGGGAAGAGGCUGAGCAGGUUCCUGGAGGAUGACAGCUACCAGGAGAGCGCUGUCUGAGUGGGCCAUGGUGUCCCAUGGACCCCCAGAGCCCCCUCCCUGGUUGUCACCACAGCACGAGCCAGGGUCACAGGGCUGUGGGGUACUGCAGCCCCCCAGAGCUGCACAGAAGAGGCCUGGGCACAUCCUGCCCGCUGGCACGGUGUCACCAUCCGAGGGGACAGUGGGUGCUGGGGAAGGGUCAGAGUGCCAGGACAAAGCUGGCCCCGGCUCCCUGCGGUGGGGUUGAUGCCCUGCAGCGGGGGCUGAGCUGGAUGGGGGGUCUGGGGCUGGCCUUGGGACCCCGCUGCUCCCCACCGGAGCCGAGCUUGCUGUAACAGAGCAAUUCAAUAAAAACCCGUGGUACUGCCGGGGGGCUCCAUUGCCCUCGCCACAACGCGACCGCGGUGGGGGACAGGGCGGGGGCACAGCGGGACACGGGCAGCACGGCGUGCAUAAAAAACUUUUCCUAAUACCCAGCCUAAAUUUCCCUCGGAGCAGCUUAAGACCGCGUCCUCUCAUUCUGUCCGUUACUGCCUGGAAACCUCAGGGGCGAUGUUCGCCUGUGCCCGGGCCGCUCCUGGGGGGCUCCCCCGACCUCGCGGGGGGCUGGAACGCCCCGUGCGGUCCCGGGGGGGACAAAAGCGUCCCCGCGGGGAGGGUCUUUGGGACCGUGGCCGGGAAAAAAAUAUGGAACGCUUCACGAAUUUGCGUGUCAUCCUUGCGCAGGGGCCAUGCUAAUCUUCUCUGUAUCGUUCCAAUUUUAGUAUAUGUGCUGCCGAAGC